AUGAACCAUUUUUUAGCUGUCCUACUCUGCAGCCCACUCUGUACAAGCCAACAGCUUGCCCAAAACCAGAACCAGCCCAAACCCAAUGACGGUGAGGAGGCACUUAGGUUGGAGGCCUUGCUGAAAUACUCACGGAAAAUCACAACUCAGAAGCCCGAUAGCACAUCCACAGCGACGUCCAAGACCGGCUUGGCCAACGACGAUCCUUUGGAGGAUCAAGACUAUAAUUUCCUAACUGAUCGACUGCCCCACCUGACGGACGAUGAAUUCAACAGUUUGAGUCACGAUGCCAAUCCGUUGCACUUUCUCAAGCAGCUGGCAGAUGAAAAUAAAGCCAAUGCUGACCCGGACAAAACUCUGACAGAACCAGAAUCAACCCAGGCGCAGGAAAAUAAUUCUGAAUCCGUUGCUGGCGCACCUAUUUAUAUCACCAUACCCAUCUACAUCAAUACAUCUGGGACAUUGCCGCUCAGUUUGACUAUUGGUGAACAGGAUUUGCAGCUGCAACAGGUGAAGAACAGUUCAACCCAAAAGAACCAGCAAUCCACCGAGCCGCUCAACACGUACUUUAAUCGCUUGCUGGCGCAGAUCGAUCCACCCAGGAGGCGCAUUACGAAUCGUCAUCGCAGCCAGGGCCGCAGCCAGAGCCGCAGCAAGAUCCAAUUGCUUCGGGAUUACAAUAAUGCCCAGCUCAAUGAAUAG